GUACGAACUCCGCCGUCGUUUCGUUGAGCGUUCAUUCGUCAUUAAGUUGAGCGGGUCGUCUUGCCGGAGGUCAUCUUGUUGGACGGCUAGUGUAUAUAGUGUGGAUACUCUGAGGUAUGCCAUCCGUAUCAUACACGUAUGCGGGUCGCAUACUUUUUGGGAAGGCCCAGCAUGUGCACCCUAAAUGGAACAAAGUUCAAGUCACAAUGCUAAUAAAACAAGCACAUCGCGCAGUGAAGAUCAUCACCACCGUCUGCAUCGUGCACGAAACGAAGAAACAAUAGAUAGAAGAAGAGAAGCAUGGUUGAUACAGCAAGAGAGAGAAAGAGAGCAUGAGAGACAUAAGCAGAAGAUGAUUUUAGAAUAUGAAUUAAAAAGAGAAACAAUUGUGCGUUCACAGAAAUAUUUCGGAAGCCUGUCGCGUCAAUCUCAAGAUAAUCAAAGGAAGGAUUGCUCUAGUCAACGGCAUUGUAGACCUUCUGUCAUGUCCCAAAAGUUAGAGUUACCGAAUGGAAAGACGCCUUUAUUCAAAGGUCCCAUGGUUUCAUCAAUUAGUACUUCAGAACUACGUCGCAUAAAAGUAGACAUUCGCCGAAAUAUUCCUGGACCAACUGCUACAAUUUGUGAUCUGCAACGUGAUAUAAUUAGUCCUGAAAAAGUUAGAUUGAAGAGACGUGAGGAUGAAGGAAUGAAACCUAUAUUUGAUCGUGAUGAGCUAAAAUUACAUGCUGGGAUAUGUGUUCAAGAAGAGGACUGUCAAACAAUCAAAAUGAGUGACACGGAAAAAGGAAAGAGAUCCCAUUCAUUAAAGCAAUGUUUCAAGUUCUCGUGUCCUUCAAAAUGUCGCAGUCGAAGUCCUGUAGAUUCAUCUCAUCGUUAUAGACCUAUACUAUGCUGACAGAAGAACUCUUCAUGAUGGACACAGAAGUUGUCAACGUGCUUCCGCUUUCAACGGGUUUUUAUCUCCUUUCAGAAUGAUCGUUCUAAAAAUUACCACCGAAACAUACAUCUUAGAAGCAAAUCGAAUGACAGCGAGAAGAUAAUUUCUCGUAGUCAACUGAAGGAUCACAGUUCAUUACAACAUAUCCAUAAAGAAGGAUACUCUAAACUAAGAUCGUCUAAGAACCGAUUUUACCCUGGAGAAAGAAAACUAUAUGUAUCUGAUUAUUUUUUCUCUCGCUCAAAUAGAGGUGAAACAUUUGAUCGUGAAUAUCGAGAAAGAUCUCGCGAACUUCGUGAAAGAAACCGAUCUCAAGAAAGUCGGGAAACACAAAGAUCCAGAGAGGGAAGAAAAGUUCCUUCAGUUGUAGCACAUUUUAUAGAACCCAUGCCUGUCCCCGUUUAUUAUGGGAAUUUACCUCCAAGGUUAGUUAUGACAGGACCAAUAAUGAAAAUUCAUGGAUCAUUACUUAGACCCAGAUUUCCAAUUGUACCGAGAGUACAGUUUCCAACACGAUUUAUGUCUGGAAAUGUGUUUGCUCCUUGGAUACGUCCAAAUCCAGGUUUCAGCCGGAUGUUUUGAUUAGUUUAGUUACCCGCUGAUCAAAUGUUGAAGUCAGGUACAUAAGUCCAAUCUCACUCAAACUGGGAAAAUCGAGAAAAACUGUUUGCCCGAAGAACUGAUAUCGAAUAAAAUUUUGAAUAAUUAAGAUACGCUAUUUGGGUAAAAAUAAUGUGCUUUUUCAUAUUUUGC